UGUCUUGAUGACUUGGUUUGAUAAUGAUGAUGUGCGGCGGUUGCGGCAAUGCGGCAGUCACAAAGCUUAUCUUAAGCCGCAACGGCGUUGAGCGCGCGUAGUGCACGUCGUCGCUCUUUCGUAGUUUCGUGUCUGGUUUUUUCCAUGCUUUUGUCUUUUGAGUUUUGGCAGUUGCCACUUGCCAGUUUAGCACCGCGGUGGUUGCCGUUUAGUGAAAAUGUUAAAUAGUAAUUAUUAUAAUGUACCAUAAUAUAAUUGUCAAUGGGCCUAUUACGACUUACGGUAAUAUUACAUGUAUAUUUAUAAUUUAUGUUUAAUUACAUGUCUAAACUCUCAAUUUCUUGACAUUGUGCACUCACGAUAAGAAUUGUAAAUUUUGUAUAUUAUUUAUGUGUGCACCGUACACUGACUGUCUACCGGCGUCACUCCGACUCACCUACUUCGUUAUCUAUAUUAUAUACGACUCCGCACCAUGGAGUAGUAGACAGUUCAACAGUAAGUUGUAACGUCUUGUACUUCUUGUAGACAGUCAACUACACUCUACAAUCGACAGUUAUCAGUUAUCAGUGAUCAGUCGUCGGUUGUGUCCGUGUGGGAGAUCGGUCGUUCCCCGUCCCAAACUUCUAAGUUCUAACGUUACUUAUUAGCUAUAACAAUUGUACAAGAUAUUACAGUUCGGUUCGGGGACCGGCUCUUGCGCACGAGGAUUUAGUUUUCGACUUUUCGUCUAUCGGAUGUAAUGGAUGUAUAGACGUGUUCACUUAUUGGAUACGACUCUCAUUAUUAGAUAACUCAUUCAUUGUCAAAGGUGAAGGCUCUUAAAAAUAUCUGCUUAAAGGAUAUUCAUUCAACAUUUGAAUUAAUAAAUGUAACAAUUAUAACUUUUAAAACCAGUGAUUUUAUCUUCAUCAAAAUAGUUUGAAUAUUACCUAGUAUAUUGAAAUUGCAUUGUCAUAAUGGAAGAAGAAAGUAUAAAACUAAAUGAAAACCCAGUAAAACAUGAAUUUGAAGCUGAAGAAUUUCAAAAUGAAAAUAAGAAAACAUUUAAUUGGGCUGAGUUUUUAGCUUGUGUAUCUGUAGCAACUACUAACUUACACACAGGAUUUGCUUUGGGAUUUUCCGCAAUACUUAUACCACAACUUGAAAAAUACAAUGAUGAAAUGGGCAAGAUAAGCAAUUCUCAAUCUUCUUGGAUUGCCAGCAGUAUUUCAAUAGCUGCUCCAUUUGGAUGUCUGUUUAUAGCUUUUACGCUGGACAGAAUUGGUCGUAUAUCCACGUUUAAAAUUUCUCUAUGGCCAUGUUUUAUUGGAUGGAUGUUAAUUGCUCUUGCUUUUAACCCAAAGAUUAUCAUCAUUGGAAGAUUAUUGACCGGAUUUGCUAUGUCUGUUGGUACAAAUUCAGCCAAUGUGUAUAUGGCAGAAAUAUCUAGUCCAAAACUUCGAGGUUCCAUGAUGUCAAUAGGUUCUGUGAUGUUAUCUUUUGGAAUAUUAUUAAUGUACUGCACUGGAUUAUAUCUACAUUGGCGUAUUGUUGCAUGGAUAGCAUUUGUUGGGGCAUUUUUCCCAGUUAUCAUGACUGCAUUUUGGACACCUGAAAGUCCUGUUUGGUUAAUUCAUAAAGGGCAAGAUGUUAAAGCUUUAAAAUCUUUAGCAUAUUUAAAAAACUCUAAAUAUUGUGCAGGUAGUGUACAAGAAACUUUUAACGAGAUGAAAAGUAUUAAAGAAAAAAAAGAUUUAUUAAUUAAUAAAGAAAUGGAAAAAAGUAAUGUGUUUAGGCGUAUAGCCUGGCAUUUGUCUAAGCCAACUGUUUUUAAACCUGCACUUUUUAUGGUUGUAUUCUUUGUUUUACAACAAUUUACUGGAAUUUAUACAUUUCAAUUCCACGCUGUUAAAAUGUUGCAUGAAGUUGCUCAAGGUAUCGACAUCAAAUUUGCCACUUUACUGUUUGGUUUGUUUCGGUUCUUAUUAAGUUUCGUGGCAACAGGAAUGUUACAUAAUUACGGUAGACGUCCGCUGUGUAUGAUUAGUGGUAUUAUCAUGGGAAUUACCUUGUUCAUUUCUGGAUUAUGUUUUUAUUUAAGAACUAAUGGUGAUGAAAGUAUUAUUAUGACAUGGAUAUCAUUAUUGUGUAUGUUACUCUAUAUUUCUGCUGGCUCUGUCGGUAUAAUGCUGAUUCCGUGGAUAUUGCCAAGCGAAAUGUUUCCGACCGAGGUAAAAGGAUUACUUAUUGGACCCAUUAUGGCAUGGUGUAAUGCAGUCAUGUUUGUUGCAGUUCAUUUUUACGGAGAUCUUAAAAGAAUAUUGGGUGGUAUGCUAGGCAUUUUGUGGUUCUAUAGUUUCAUAUCAAUUCUAACAGUGUUUUUUGUGUGGGUGUUUAUUCCCGAGACACAUAAAAUGAAAUUAUUCGAAAUAGAAGAUUAUUUUAAAGAUAAUACUAUAUUCUUACUAAGAAAAAAAAAGACUGUAAAAAAAGAACAAUUGUGUGUGUAAUAUAUUAAAUUUUUUUUAUAUAGAACAAAUGUUCUUAAUUGUAAUUGUAAAUUGUUCUAUAUUUAUAUUCUAACUUGAUUAUACUGAAGAUAAUUACUUUUUGUUCAAAAUGUUCAAUAUUAAAUUAAAAUUCAAAAAUUAUGUUUUAGUUUUUGUAACAAAUUUUGCUUAAAAAAUAAUACUGUACAAAUUAACUAUUUAUAUUUGGUAUAUAUUAAUAAUAAACUUUUCUUAAAUAUAAGGUCAUAUUUUUGUAUUGUUAUAUUU